AUGUUCAAUCAUUUAAAUUUUACAUUAAUAAAAAAAUAUGAUAUUGUAAAAAAGUUUCCCGAGUGUAGAAAAAAGCUGGAUGGACAUGCAGUUCAGUUUGAAACUAUUGGAGAAACUGGUAAAGACGUACAACUAUGUACAGAUGCCAAUAAUAUACGGAUAUUAAAAAAUUUAAUUAAUGAUAAAUAUACACCAGAAAGAAUAUGCAUCCAAGCUAUAAAUUAUUUAGGUGAUAUAAAUUAUGGACAAGAUCAAAAUUUACAAAUGGCUGGAUGUGAAUACUUUUAUUAUUGGAUAUAUGAUGAUCUUCUUAAAGAAGAAAUAAAAGGAAAUAUGGAUACACAAAAUGUUUAUGAUCACUUAAUUGGAAUAUUUACAAAAAGAGGUCUAUACAUAAACAAACUAUGUAAACCUUCUAAGACGCCUCUUAAAAAUGAUGAUUUUCAGAAAAUCAAAGAUAUAUAUAAUUUGUAUAAAAAAUUAUAUAAGCAAAGCGAAGUAAUUAAUCCAGAUGAUAUUUUUAAAGGAAUAGUAAGCAUAGUUAUGCAAUACGAAGAAAAAAUAUAUACACAAGCAAGUGAAAUUAAAGAGCUAGAAGCUCCUUCACCGUGCAAAACAAAUAUACUGUCUCCUAUAAUAAUAACAUCUAUUAUAACAUUCUUAACAUUUAUUUUUUUAUUUAUCUUAUAUAGGUUUACAGCAUUUGGUUCAUGGUGCAAAAAUGUAAUAAAAAGUAAAAUAGAUAAGAGAGAUAAUAUAAACGAAGAAACACAUAGAUUUCAAGAAUAUGAAAUAUUCAGCAGUACACCAACGAAAUACAAACAUAAUAUAUGGUAUCAUUAA